AUGAAAAAUACUAUACGCUCCUUUGAAUUGACCUUUAAUAAUAAUUAGAGAUUAAUUAAAAAAUAAAUUAAUUUUUAAAAACAUGAUGAAAGUACAAAUUAAGACCUAUAGUAGAUAGAAGAAGUGAAAUCGACAACAAAAACCCAACGAAUAGCACAUCAUAGUCAUAUCAAAGGAUUGGGAUUAUAGGAGGAUGGUACUGCUUUGGAAAAUGCAUCUGGAAUGGUUGGAUAAUAAAUAGCCAGAGAAGCUGCAGGAAUAUUUGUCGAUUUAGUCAAAUCUAAAAAGCUAGCAGGAAGAGCAUUGUUAAUGGCUGGACCUCCGGGCACAGGAAAAACUGCAAUUGCUUUGGCAGUGGCAUAAGAAUUAGGAUCGAAAGUUCCAUUCUAUCCAAUGGUGGGUUCAGAGGUUUAUUCAGCUGAAGUGAAAAAGACAGAAAUACUAAUGGAGAAUUUUAGGAGAGCAAUUGGUUUAAGAAUUAAGGAAACUAAAGAAGUUUGGGAGGGUGAAGUUACAGAUUUGAAAACGGAAGAAAAAGAUGAUCAAACUGGAUAUGGUAAAGUUGUAUCAGCCGUAGUAAUUACACUAAAAACAUCUAAGGGAUCAAAAACAUUGAAACUAGAUCCCUCAAUCCAUGAAAACUUAACAAGAGAAAAAGUAACCAUUGGAGAUGUUAUCUAUAUUGAAGCCAAUAGUGGUAAUGUUAAAAGAGUAGGCAGAUGCGACAUCUACAAUAGUGAAUAUGAUUUAGAGGCAGAAGAGUAUGUUCCAUUACCCAAAGGCGAUGUACAUAAAAAGAAAGAAAUUGUUUAAGAUGUUACAUUACAUGAUUUGGAUGUAGCAAAUGCUAAACCAUAAGGAGGUCAUGAUUUUGUUUCAUUAAUGAAUCAAUUGAAUAAAAAAAAGAAAACUGAUAUCACUGACAAGUUGAGAGGUGAAAUCAACAAGGUUGUGAGCAAAUAUAUUGAUUAAGGAGUGGCUGAAUUAGUCCCAGGAGUUUUAUUUAUAGAUGAAUGUCACAUGCUUGAUAUAGAGGCAUUUACAUUCUUAAAUAGAGCUUUGGAGUCUACUUUAGCCCCAAUUGUUAUUUUGGCUACCAAUAGAGGUCAAUCUUAAAUCAGAGGAACAGAUAUUGUGAGUCCUCAUGGAUUACCAGUUGAUUUGUUAGACAGAUUGCUAAUUAUUAGAACUACUCCAUAUAAUCUAGAAGAUAUUAUCAAAAUAUUGGCUAUUAGAGCUUAAACUGAAGGCAUAAAAAUUUCCGAAGAUGCUUUAUAAGAUCUCAGUUCAAUAGGUAAUGAAGCUUCCCUAAGAUUUGCUAUUCUUUUACUCACACCAGCAAAUAUAUUAGCUUAGACUUCGGGAAGGGAGGAAAUUGGAAGACAAGACAUUCAAGAAGUACAUGAAUUGUUCUUACAUGCUAAAUAAAGUUCAAAAGUGCUGGAGCAACAAGCUGAUAAAUACAUUAGUUGAUGAGUAUUAUAAGAUAAUAUAAUAAAUCGAUUUGGUCUUACUUUUUAU